AUAAAACACGUCGCUAAGGAGAGAGUGACCGAAUGGGGUACGAAACAAGCCUUGUUUCUAAAACGCGUGUUUAUAUUCCAGAACGGCUCGCUGGUUCCACUCGAGAUCGUUUUGUUGAAGAAAGUCGGGAGUACGUUUCAGGGGGUCAUUAAACUCAUCGAUUGGUAUGAGAGAGCCGACGGCUGGCUGAUUAUAAUGGAGCGGCCGGAGAUGGUGAAGGAUUUAUUUGACUUCAUCACGGAGAAAGGCGCGCUGGACGAGGACACCGCCAGGCGCUUCUUCAGACAGGUUUUGGAGGCGGUGCGGCACUGCUACAGCUGCGGGGUGGUUCAUCGGGAUAUCAAAGACGAGAACCUCCUGGUGGAUUUACGCACCGGAGAUCUCAAGCUCAUUGACUUCGGCUCCGGGGCCAUCCUCAAGGACACCGUCUACACAGACUUUGAUGGCACGCGAGUGUACAGUCCUCCCGAGUGGAUACGUUACCACAGGUACCACGGACGCUCGGCAACCAUUUGGUCCCUUGGCGUCCUACUGUACGACAUGAUGUGCGGCGACAUCCCGUUUGAGCAUGAUGAGGAGAUUCUGAGAGGACGGCUCUUUUUCAGGAGAAGAGUCUCUCCAGUGUGUCAGCAGCUCAUCAAAUGGUGCCUCUGCUUGAGACCUUCUGACCGGCCCACUUUGGAGCAGAUCUUCGAGCAUCAGUGGAUGCGCAUGGAGGAAAGCCCGAAAGCAGAAAGCGGCAACAUCACACUUCACGCCAUCAGCACAGAAUCGGGCAAAGAAAGCCUUUGACGGAUGCGGGGACGGCGAGUGAAUGGACUCUGAGACCUUUUUGCUCUUGUUCCCAGUCUGUUGGUUAACAGGACUUCGGUUUUUGUUGCAUAAAUGUCUUUUUUUGGUUGUUUUUCUUGCUAAGGGUGAGUUGUUAUCCGUAGGGAUUGCGUGAGCAGCAAUGCUAGUGAUCCUUUGAUCUUACUGGUUGCUCUUAUAGAGCUUGGACAUUAUUUUCCUUUUAGACUAUCUUUUUAGUUUUCGGUGCCUUUUUUGGAAAGCUGCUUUUAUGGGAUUCAAGUCAGGACAGACACCAGGUGGAUUUUCAUGGAUUUGAGGGGAACUCCCCUGGAUUCAUGGGAACCUUCAAAGACUGUAUCUAGUUAUGUGGUGGGUCUCCCUUGCCCUCUAGUGGUCGAAUACUUGAAGUACACACUUACUACUCUCUUAACAGCAUCUCUGCUGCUCUGCCAUUCAUAUUCACUAUUUCAGUGGUUUUUCCCUUCUGUUGUUGUUUUCUGAAUGUCUUCCACUACUUCAUCUCUGUUGACAUCACUUUUUAGACUUUGCUUAGCAGAGACUUGAGUGAUGUGCAUAAUCAAUGCAAUAUUCAUGGACUCACUUAUCUUAUUUCAUUUUUUUUUUUUUCCUUCUUUUUUUUGGGAC